CCAAUCAGCGGCACCGCGGUUCCGGGGGUAUUAAGUUUCCGCACCCGCCUCCUGAGACUCACAUUUCUCCCCAGACCCCGAGGAUGCGGUUCCUGAUGUCCCGAACUGUGCUCCUGCUGCUGUCGGGGGCCCUGGCCGUGACCCAGACCUGGGCGGGCUCCCACUCCCUCAGGUAUUUCUACACCGCGAUGUCCGGGCGCAGGGAAGCCCGCUUCAUCGCCGUGGGCUACGUGGACGACACACAGUUCGUGCGGUUCGACAGCUACGCCCCGAAUCCGAGGAUGGAGCCGCGGGCGCCGUGGGUGGAGCUGGAGGGGCCGGAGUAUUGGGACCGGGAGACGCGGAACGAGAAGAACAACGCACAGACUUUAACAGUGAGCUUGCAGAUCACGCGCGGCUACUACAACCAGAGCGAUUCCGGGUCGCACAACAUCCAGUGGAUGUAUGGCUGUGACGUCGGACCUGACGGCCGCCUCCUCCGCGGGUACAGUCAGGAGUCCUAUGACGGCAAGGAUUACAUGGCCCUGAACGAGGACCUGCGCUCCUGGACCGCGGCGGACACCGCGGCGCAGAUCACCCGCCGC